GGGGCAAAACCUGCCUGCCUCCGCCUCGUCGUCGUCGUCUUCUUCUGCUUCUCCUUGUUGUUGUUGUUGGGGCUUCCGGUGGCCCACCCUGGCCAAGGGGUCGCCCACGACGCCUUCCACCAGCAUCGCGAUCUCGUCCGCGGCCGCCGCCAGACGCUCGCUGAGCAGAGCUCGCAGCAACGCAAGUCGGGCCGCCGAGGCCGCUUCCUCCUUUUGCUCUUGUUGGCGUUGCACCCGCACCAGGAAAUCUUCCACCGCGGCGCUCAUCCGCUCGCGAAUAGACGCGCGCAGCAGCUGCAACGCGGCGCACAUGGCGGAGGAAAACGAGGCUUCGGUCCGGAGCGUCCAACACGAAGACGCGCAUGCGUGCCCGCCAGCUAUGGAUGAGGUUCCGGACACUUCCGCGUCAACGAAACUCUACUUCCGGUAGCCAAUAAAGAGGCGCCGUCGAGAGCAACGGACGGGAAAAGUCCUGUCGCUACCAUAGACGGGGAUGGGUCGCCACGCCCCGCCGCGCCUCGCCACGCCUCGCCACUUUUGAACUGCGUGCCCAUGGCGACGGUCCAAGUCGUCGGUGUGUACAAUUACGACAAGGGAACCGGAAGUAACCUUUCGCAGGUGGGGGUCUUGUCCGUGUCCCUGGUGACGCUGAUCCUGGGCCUCGGACUGGGCCUGGGACUGGACUUGCAGACUUGCCCAGACCGAGCGGCGCCGCAGACGUCGUGCAGGAAUCGCUGCUACCGGCCGUACGACGGCGACGACCCCGGCUGCCGGUGCGACGCCGCCUGCCGCGACAGCGACACCUGUUGCCAUGACUACCACGACCUCUGCAAAGCCCCCGGUGAACUGUGGGAGUGCACCCGCUUGCGCUGCGGCGAGACGAGGCUGCCGACCAGCAGGUGUCAGUGUUCCAACGACUGCGCUGCCAAUUCCGACUGCUGCAGCAACUACGGGCACGUGUGCCAGGGACAAGCGGAGUGGGUGGAGGACGAGUGUGAUGACCUCUCCCGCCCCUCCUGCCCACCAGGCUUCCGGCGGCAGCCGCUGCUUCUGGUGUCUCUGGACGGCAUGAGAGCCGACUACCUGCACCUGUGGAGUGCGCUAAUCCCGGUUCUCACCAAACUCAAGAAGUGUGGAACGUCAACUUCGUACAUGCAGGCGGCUUUUCCGAGCAAAACCUUCCCCAACCACUACAGCAUUGUCACGGGUCUGUAUCCCGAGUCCAACGGUUUGAUUGACAAUGUGAUGUACGAUCCGGUGAUCGACGCCAUCUUCACGUUGUCGGGUCCAGAGAAGGAGAACCCAGACUGGUACCUGGGACAGCCGAUUUGGCACACGGCAAAGUACCAGGGGCUGAAGUCCGGAACCUUCUUCUGGCCCGGAUCGGACGUGAAAAUAAACGGCAGCUUCCCAGACAUCCACCGACCAUACGACGGGAAAAUUCCAUUUGAGGAGCGAAUCCUGACAGUGCUGAAGUGGCUCCAGCUGGCGGACCAGCAAAGACCCGACUUCUACACCCUGUACCUGGAGGAACCGGACAAAUCUGGACACAGCUUCGGUCCUGUCAGUGGCGGGGUGGCGCUGGCCAUAAAAGCCGUGGACAAAAUGAUGGGUCAGCUGAUGAACGGACUCAAACAGAUCGGACUCCACCGCUGCGUCAACGUCAUCGUGGUCGCCGAUCACGGCAUGGAGGAGACCAGCUGUGACAGGAAGGAAAAUCUGGAGGAGUUUCUGGGGGAUGUCAGCGAUUUCUUGGUCACCGAGGGACCCUUUGGACGCAUCCGAGCCAGGAACAGUAACACACAAUUGGAUGCAGCCGGACUUGUUGCCAACAUGACGUGCAAACGUGCGAUGCAGAAGCUGCACCCAUACCUGAAGUGGCAUCUGCCCAAACGUCUUCACUUCGCCAACAGUCGUCGAAUCGAAGACGUCAACAUACUGGUGGAGCCCAAAUGGCUGCUUGAGAGAAUUCCGGGCUCGCUGCGGUUCUGCUCCGGCGGCCAACACGGCUAUGACAACGAUGUGAGGAGCAUGCACGCCAUGUUUGUCGCCCACGGGCCGAAGUUUAAAGCCCGCACGGAAGUCGAACCCUUCGCCAACAUCGAGCUUUACAACCUCAUGUGUGAUGUGCUGCAGAUCUCACCCGCCGCCAACAACGGGACUCAUGGUAGCCUCAACCACAUGCUGCGACAGCCUUUCUAUUCGCCGCUGCCCCCGGUGGAGGAGAGCUCACCUGCGGAGUGCCGCCUCAGCAGCCUGGAGCCGCAAAACCUCCUGGGCUGCUCCUGUCCCCACAUGAGCGCAGACGCCAUCACGGCCGCCAACCGUCGCCUCAACCUGACGUCCAGUCAAGAGGCGGCGUCGAGGCACAAUCAUCUGCCGUUCGGUCGUCCUCGCUCGCUGCGGCCCGGGGAGCGUUACUGCGUCCUCCACCAGGAGGCGUUUGUGAGCGCCUACAGUAAGGACCUGAAGAUGGCGGUGUGGAGCUCCUUCACCGUGGCUGCGCCGAGCAGCUCUGACCCGCCGGCACCCGUCCGGCCCGACUGUCUGCGGGCCGACGUCAGAAUUCCUCCGGCCGACAGUCGCCCGUGUGACGAGUACGGCGACUUCCACCGCGGCUUCCUGUACCCGCCCGGUCUGAGCCCGAACGAGGACGAGCAACGCGACGCCCUGCUGAGCAGCCACGUGGUGCCCAUGUACCCCCAGUUUUACAGGAUGUGGGCGUACUUCCACGGCACGCUGCUCAGGAAGUACGCCUCCGUCUACAACGGCGUCAACGUGCUGACCGGCCCCGCCUUCGACCACGACCACGACGGGCGCCACGACCGGCCGGAGCUCAUCACGCGGUGGGCGUCCUCCGCCGACGUGUCCGUGCCCACGCAUUACUUCGCCGUGCUGACCAGCUGCGAAAACGCCAGCCGACCGCCGGGAGAAUGCGACGGACGAGCGCGCGCCGUCGCUUUCCUGCUGCCUCACCGCACGGACAACUCCGAGAACUGCAAGAGCACCGAAGACGAAGCUUCUUGGGUGGAGGAUCACAUUUGGUUCCACCAGUCACGUGUGCGAGAUGUGGAGUGGAUCACAGGACUGGACUUGUACCAGGACAGUCACCGACCAAUACCCGAGCUGCUGCGGCUCAAGUCCCGCCCCACAGCUGCCAAUCAAAAACCAUGAAGACAUUUUUCUUUUUUCAUUUUUCUUUAAUGUUUUCAACUCAAAUGGCAAUAAAGAUCCAAAAGAUUUGACGCACAA